CGCAUAAUUAAGCUGUACCUUUAAAUAAGCGUGAGAGGAAAAUCUCACAUAAUUUCCUUUCAUUGUUGUAAACAUGCACCCGCCAGCACCAGAUUCUCCACUCCCCCAACUAAGUCGUGGACCCUCGCAAUUGUCUAGACUGUAGUUCUUUAUUGGACCUUAUUUGACGCAUCUUCAAGCAUAUUCAUUGUCAACUACUGUCCAGAACAACUAGAAUUGUCAACAAAACCAUUCGCUUUCACCUUAAUAUUUGAAUUGCGGAUCAUUCUUGACAUUCAUAGUUUUAGUUGUAGUUCUCGUCUCCUGCCAGCUCAUCUUACAGUUGAUCUCGUCGUUUUAUUUGAGGAGACACCACGACAAGUCGUCAUUUAUAUUCGUUGUAUUAUCAUUUGCGGGGGAGAGAAAGACGAGGACGUUGUCACUAAGAUCAAGAUCAAGAUCAUGUCGCUCAUGAGCAAGGUCGAGAAUGGGAAGCGACACAAGGAGAACGUCGCGCAAGGCACUGAGCCUCCGUCGCUGCCUAGGUUAGUCCCCCCACCUCCCUUCCAGCUGGAUGAACAGAGUCGCAAAGCCGUUGGUCGCGGAACUGUUGAUCAUCUAGGAAAUUCCAUAGCCGUUCAGCAACACCUCGAUAGCUACUACAAUCCCGAUGCCAAUGUGCCGCCCACUGGCUCCAACCAUCUGCAUGUGGAUCAUGGUAAUAUUGGGACUGAUGGUGGCGUUGGUGGUGGUAUGGGUAUGCUAAUGCAUGGUGCUCCUGGCAAUACGAUUACACCUGGAGGAGGUCAUGAUCAACAUCUUCCGUCUGGAGGUGCUGGAUUCAGUAGCGGGGUGCAAGUUGGAACUGGGCCGGCAGCUAGUAGCUCGUCGUCAAUGGCGCAAUUUCACUCAUCCGCGCAAAGCCGGAUGCGUAACUACGUCGGGGCCGAAGCGGUCCGCGUCACCAUCCGCAAACGCGACGGCGAUCAAACUUAGGGAUGUUCACUUCGACUAUUUUGAGCAAUAGAAGCAUGUAACAUCGACAAGAAGAACUAGGCAAAGACUUCCGAAUUCUUUGAAUUGUGGGUUGAUGUUGAUCAUGAUUAUGUUGUAAAGAGUACUAGUACUAGUAGGCACCGUCGUGCAUCUUCCGUCCUCUAUAUAAAUCUCUCGUCUAAUCCUCAGCUGUUGUGAACAACAACAGCACUAUCCAAGGGCCCCCUCCGGGCGCUGACCCCGAGACCUACAAGAGGCGUCCGCAGUUUGAGAUCAACAGGCGGUCAGACAUGCAUUGGCAGAUACAAACUGAUGGGCAGGCUGCCAAACUAGUAGUGAAAGACGCGAUUGCGAACGCUGUUGGUCAGUACGGGGACGAUGCAGGGGGCGGGUUUUAUGAAGACCAGGACGCAUCAGCCUCUUUGUCACAUGCGGCUGCUAUUGGGGCCUUCAAUUCUUGGGAAGAGAAGUUCUUGCCGUCAAAGCCAAGUACUUUUAGUUUUAACUGGCAAAAAGAAGAGAAGUUCCUGCCGUCAAAGCCAAGUACUUUUAACUGGCUAUAUUCAUUUCUUGGGAAGAGAAGUUCAUCUUGCCGUCAAAGCCAAGUACUUUUAACAUGGAAGUAGAAUUUAGCUCAAGUAAAAUAGUACAGCAGGAAUGUUUCUUUCCGUUGAAUUUUGAAGUCAAUAUGUUGAUGAUCCUUGACGAUUAUAUGGCACUGCUCUAAAACUCUGUCGUUCAUGUGCAGCAAUCACACCUGACUCCUACUUGAACAGGUCAGCAGCUAACAGAAGCCUCUACGCGUCUUCCGAACGAGAUGUCCCAUAUGAGUUCAGUUAGUACGCAGUACGUCGGAAGGGGUAGCGCUCGGCGCGAAAAUCGACCGGUGCCAGCACCUUAAGGCUUGAGGAGUCCGAAGUUUGAAUUACUUAAUCUCAACGAUAAAAAUGUCGAAGAGGAAGUGACUAGAGGAUAGAGGAGAUGGUUGUUGGUAACCGUGCUUAUUACUCCUUUUCUUGUAGCCACCGAUUUUACUUAGUUGAUGAUGCUGGAUGAUGGUGUUAGAAACGUUCCUAAUUUCUCAUCUAAUUUUUGGGCGAAUACAGAUGGAAUGACAACGUGAACAAACACAAGUCCGCUGUGUGGACUUUGAAGAGCGCUAAUCGGGAGAAUCUCGAUCCCAGGGUACUUUUUUCCUUGAGGCAGGAGAAUGAAGCGAAUGCUUAAUAUCUUCUGUGUACCCACGUAAACGUAAUAAAGCAAAAAUAGAAUCUUCCUGAAGAUAAUGAAGAAGUUCUUCAAGUUUGUUUUUUUCUCCUUUCUUCUUGCUCGUGAAGGACUUGCAGCACAUUGCUUGCCUCUCCUCGUCCUCUUCUGUGAGGUAUUGACAUGGUCUGCCAAGCAGCUCUUCCUUACGUUCACUCAUACCUCUGUACGUCCGUUUGCGCGCAUCCUCCCUCCUGAGACAUCCAUUUCUUGCCACUGAUGAUCACUGAGCGUUUAGCGCCCAAGCUCUACAUUGCCUUCCUUCACUUUUUCACUUCAUUCUAUGUGGUCGACCCAUGUCUAAUCUGAGCUGUGUGCCUAUACUCGUCUGCGCCUGAGCAGGCGUCAAACACGAACUACUCAACACUGCAUUUUUGCUCAGCAAUAUCGAAGGUGUCGUGGAACUGGAAAGUCUGCGUUUUUGAGCAACAGACACGUAGAAUAACCCUGCAGCUGCAGGUCUAUCGUGGUUCCAAGGUAGCACAACAAUACUGUUGCUGCUCCUGCUCUACCACCGGCCGUCACACUUAUAGAUACCACUGGUAAAUGCUCCUUCGUCUCUGAAGAGACGCAAGAAAGAUCUCAUAUUUCUUUUUACCAAGGCCAGCAUAGCUUCAUUCUUUCAUGGAAAAGUGUGCCAAAAUAUACCUUUUCUUUCUGUUUCUCGAGGAUAUCUGGUCGGGGCCUAACUCGCUCGACACCGCUUCGUCCCCAACUCCACUUUGCCGUGCAAAUUGAUUUCUUCUUGUCGGACAUCUCCCGCCGAAUCCAAACUUGCAAAACUCAUUUAUUGUUUGCUGCUUAACGGUCGUGCUUGGAGGUAGCUUCUACGAGUUUUGGCACCACUGACAGACGCGCCGUACUAUCCUGAAUGACCCAUCAUGUUUGACUGAAGAUUGAGGACCGCUUUUCUUGGGCCAUGCCCUUGUGCUCCUUCUAUUGUCGAUGAAGCAAGCAGCAUGCUGCUUUGUCGUGUCAUUACCACGACGCAGCUUGUACCAAGACGCUUCACUCUUCAUAAUCACAUUUCACUUCCUGCUGUGAAAGCAUGCAAGCCUAGCAGACGAACGCCACUCUUCUGGAAAAAUAACAAGCUGAUGCUCUUACUUGUUUUUGUUCAGCUUCAGUUCCACCCUGCUUCAUCAUACGUCAAGCACCCUCGCACCCGCCUACCGCCGCUUACUACUUUCACCUACUUCUUGUUCUACUCGUGUUGCAGCCCUUUCGUCAGUAUGUUGAUUCCCUACAUGCCACAGACAGAAAAAGUCCAAUCAACGUCGACAUUCGGACUCAAUCUUAUCUCUAAAUCGUUGAAAAACGGACAUCUUUUUUUGUAUCUUUCACGACUACGCUAUUGGACUGAUACUAUCAUCUACUUGCUGAUACACUGCAAAAAAAAUGAAAUUUCUGAAUCUAAAACUUUCUCUAGAUAUUGACGUCUGCAUCCAGUCAUAUAGCCAGAAUGAACUUAGUCUCAAACUAGUACGAUGUGAGAAUUUGAGGUAUGAAAGCAUCGGUUAAGAUGAGAUUCGUACAAAAUUGCCAAAAUCCCUGUUUUCGUCAGCUUCUGUCAAUCUCUUCAUCAGGAAAUGAAAUGAAUUAAAAGUAGAUAAAAUCAAAAUUUUUUGGAUUUUCUGAAGAUUUCAAAUUUAAUUUUCUUUGAUUUUGAAAAUUUUUGCAUUGCAGUCGACACAAAAAUUACGUGAAGAUGGCAUCUUAUAUAUAUUCGUAUAAGAUUUGAGAGGCAGAGGACCAUUUUUUCUGUUAUUCGUGCGAGUUUUGGUGUAUAGAACCUUGUCUAGUUGUCCGAUUGUCGAAAAACUGAAGAUUAAUAUUUAAGCACUAUAGUGUAUACUGCAGUUAUUAUAGGAUUGCCUUUACCACCAAGAUCUGAUUUUUCCUGAAGUAUCGCUUUCUUCACGACCACACCAGGUGACUGCUUGGGUUUCUGCAUCUAAUUCGAUGACGACGCCUCCUCCGGGAACCUACGGCGAUUUGGGUAAGUAUUGUCCGCGCGUUGGGAAAAUCGAACUCAAAACCUUCAAAUUUGGAAACUCGAAAUCAGAGCGGAAACUAACGAACUUCCCGUCGCAGGAUCUGAUGUACAACAUGCCGCCAAUAUUAGGUACGUGGAAGCACCCCACCCAACACGUAGCCGAGGGGUUCUCAGUUGUAAGCUGCAAUCGGACGCAUCUCAGGUAGUAUCUCCUUCAUCACGCAUAAUUUGAUUUUCUUUUUCACUUCAACGGUGUAGGUGUUGGCUCGAGAAUCAAUAUGAUGAUGAUGAUGAUGAUGAUGAUGAACACCUACUGCUACUGCUAACGAACACUCUCGAAUUACUUAUACUCUAUUGCUCUUAUUAAGCACGUCUGAGCCUUUUCUACAGCAUGGUGAUGGUCGUCCUUUAUCGUACAAGAUGGUCAUCCUCUAUCCACUUAAAACAGUAAUCUUACGACUUCGUGGUUGCCUCUCCAGAAGUCGAAUAGACCGCCAGGGCCAGGGAUAUUUUCGCCAGGUCGUUGGCCUGAAUGUUCGCAGAAAAGCUUUCACAAUCGGAAAAAAGUUAAGAAAGUCAAAUUCUCAAACAAGUUGUAGAGAGACGAAGAUCGUCGAAGUUAGUACAACUUACUAGUUUAAUAUGACUUGUUCAACAAGUUCUGAAAAUAACAGUAAUAGGCACUACAAUAGAGUUGUUGGUGAUUCUCCAUUUCGCUGUACGAGCGAGCCUCUUCAAGUAGAACGCUUGCAUCUUGAAAAGUUGCCUGAUAGAAGGCAGAUUCAUUGAAAAUGAGAGCAUGCUCAAGCCGGAUUCUAAGACAAGCCCAGCGUUUGGGAGGCGGAUCGAUAACUUGUCAACUCUUGUGCCUACGUGGAUACCGGAGACGUUCUCGCAGCGGCACUUCAAAGCAACAGCAGGAACGUUCUUAGUGAAGUAGGGUUUGGCAGGGAACCCUCUCCUAGUAGUUUCUUCGAACUGAGAGUUUUGAAGUCUAGUUGUGAGGUACCUACAGGUCUCUAGCAAGUUUCGUUCUUGGCGAAUUGCUGUUGCUCUUGUUGUCGUACUUUUGUGCGCGUUGUUUACUUGUCCUCUCUUGAAUAUUCUUUCUUUUUAUUUCGCUUGAUGUUGUAUGGUAUUCCUCGUUGUUCUUGAUAUAUUUCUCCUUGCUACUCCUGUUGUCAUAUUGUCGAGAAGUUGCAGAUAUGUAUUGCCUCGAGAGCAGCGUCAGAUGAGAAACACCAUGUCACACUCACACAUGGUAUGCAUAUCAAUUCCUGUAGUCGCAGGACUCGUCAUAGUAGAAGAUAACAAGUAGCGCAGCGAAGUGAAGGAGGUGCACAACGUGACAUAAUCGAGUCGAAUAGUCAUCUUGCAGCUGCAAAACUUUAUCAUGUUGUUGUCAUGAGGUUGCUCACGGGCUCUUUUCUCGUCAUCUGUCACAUGUUAGAACGCAUCUUUCUACGAGUAGGAGUAGGGCUAAUUAUAACAUGUUUGAUCUCAUACCUAAUCGUGGCUCGAACACAGAAGUAGUGUCGAGCAGAUAAUUUUACUUGACUUAUACCUAAACUUAAGUGAAGACUUUUCCGGAGACUUAGGUGCCAUAUCUGAGCUUGACAACUCACAGUAUCGAUGCAGGGGAACUAUCCCCUACGUGCCUCCAUAGGGAAAGACGACUCGAACCCCCUGCUCCUGCGCAAUACCAAUAUUUCAUUCACUCACGACUUACCUUCACCGUGGUAGGUCCUCCGCAUAUGCAAAAACUCGAGAGGAACAAGAAGUUCGAGAGGCGUCGUGCC